AUGGAAGUACAACAGGUAUGGCUAUUCAAGGACAAGCUCGAACGUAUCACUGCCGAGUCGGUAGAGUCAUUUGCGAACCAGCCUAUCAAUGCUUGGAGCGCUCAGGUUCAACUCACUGGCGACCCUCAGCAGCCCCGGGGUUUCCAGGGAUGGGAAAAUCUCAGGGCCCCGAACGUUGAAUCCUCGGCAGAAGAAGAGGAGGAAGCUGCCAGACGUACACUAAUACAGAAUGCGCCGUUUCAAGAUGUGCAACUUGUCCCAGUAAACCUUAUGCCAAUCCGAGACCCACCAGUCAGAUACUGGAGCGAGUACUUUGACAGAUUACCGGAGAACAUCAGAAGGAUUGUGCAUAGCAUCCGCUGGGAGCCUGAACAUUACCAACUACUACAGAGCUUGGAUCCUCGAGGGAUGUUUGAGGAAGAUGAGUCACAACGGUACCCAUUACGUCCUAGGCGGCAGGACCGAAGAACAAGGAGACGGAUGAUGAGGCUCCUACGGGACGUUGAAAGAGAAUGGUAUGCGUUUUGUCUUGCCAUCAGGGCGUACAGCGAAGGCCAAAUCGAAUAUCGGGACUUCAUGGCCCUCAUGUGGUUUCUUCUGGGACCUGAUACUCGUUCUUAG